AUGCUAAGGGUGGAAAGACCACGACCACCAAGCUCCCCAAUUUUAGAAAUAGCUGAAUCCAGUCCUACAACAGUGACAUUAAGUUGGUCAAAACCUGAAGAGAAUGGAGGUGAAAUACAAUACUACAUAAUCUACAAGAAACUUGCUGGGACUGACGAAUGGUCGCAGAUUGCUACACUUUAUUCAGGUGUACCACUCACAUUCACGGUGAAAGACCUUCUUGCAGGCAAGACAUACAGUUUUGAUGUCACUGUGAAAAAUAAAUAUGGAAGCAGCUUGAUGGGUGUUAAUGUGAAAACCGUGACACUGCCAGUUGAAACCACUACACCUUACACCACAACAAGCGCUAUUAGCUAUAUCAAAGUUGGCGUAUUUGCUGCGUUCUUAGCACUUGUAGUGCUGCUCAACAUCCUGCUUGUAGUUUUCAUCUUAUCGAAACUUAGGACUAACAAACCAAACAAUGACAAGAAAGAAGAUGCAGCUUACUAUAAUGUUAAUGCCUUUGGAAUGGAAUCUUUGCCUUCAACAUUGAACAAAAGUGCUGGGACCAGGCAUCCAAAUCAAGAGCAUUACCAGCAACUUAACCCUAACACCCUGCAAAGCCGUGUAGAUGCAACACCAACAUACGAAACAGUGCUUGGCAUCGCAACUGGCGAACGUAAUGAUCAGCACACUUACCAAGCCUUACGUAAUCACCCAAGUGUUUACCAGAGCCUGCAAACGUACGUCAAUGUAAACACUGCGUGACGCAAUUAAUAUCAAUAGUCAAGGCCGGAG